UCAGGAUCUUUUUAUAGAAACUGACCGAGUCUCGCAUUUUUACAAAUGCCGCAUCCUUCAAAUCCACUCGAUGACUUUCGCGCUCGCUCGUUCGACUGAGAACAUGGCUCUUUCGCAGGGCCUCGAUGACGUUUUGGCUCGCUUUUGGACUGUCCGCAAGGACUGUUCAGAGCGAGCCUGCGAGUCGAGCGUUUGUCUGAUGGAUUCUCUUCGGAUGUUGGCAUGUAGAUACUUCUAAUUUGUCUAAUAAAUAUCUUGUCAUGUGUCUUCCUUUACUGCUCUCAAUGAAUGCUUAUGUCGCUUCAUUUGUAAUCAGCGACGACCGUUCGUGUGUUCUGUCUUUCUGGCGCUGCGCACGGAAUGGCUGACAUUCCAGAAUGAGCUUGGAGGUAAUGUCACAUGUGAGGUAGUUCUGUUUUUGUUGUUUGUCCAAGCAUUUCUUCAUGGCCAGUCUGUUGAAUUGUAGGCACCACCCCCGACUAGAAACAUGAGUCGGUUGGUAUAUGACAAGUACUGGGUCACGUGAUCGGUGACCUCCGGCGUCAUCCUCGGAAAUCAAGAACUGAUUGACAUUCCGCAGCCACUAACCGAUGGCGUCGAGACUCGAUUAUCGAUGCGAGAUUCGGACGCAGGCAUGGAAAGCCCAACACGAUUGCAACUGGUGACUCAAACCCGACAGUUGGGGCUCAUAUUUUCAACCAGCCGGUCCUCGACUGACAUUAAAAUACCACGUUAUCGCAAGGAAUAUUCGACUUACGCACCUAUAAUUACAAUGUCAUGAGUCAUGCGGUUGAGUAGUAGACCAUCACCGCCCACCUUCCCCACUCCUUGUCCAAUCCCACAACACACGCGUACGAUGGCGACUAUCUCAUUUGCAGACGGCAACGCGAUCCCUAAGAUUGGCUUCGGCACGGGAAGUGCUCUGUUCAAGAAAGACUGCGCCGCGAGCGUCACGCUCGCCAUCCAAUCCGGCUUCACACACCUCGACUGCGCGCAGGCGUACGAGAACGAGGCGGCCCUCGCCGCGGGGCUCAAGGCCUCGGGGAAGGCCCGCUCGGAGGUCUUCAUCACCACGAAACUCAGGCCCGGGACCGCCGCCGCGAAGGUGAAGGAAUCGGUCGUUGAGAGCUUGCAGAAGCUCGGUGUAGAUCAAGUCGACUUGUUCCUCAUCCACGCGCCGCGGCCACUCGUCGAGGGCGACACCCUCCCCUCGCUCUGGGCAGCGGUCGAAGCGAUCCAGACAGAAGGUCUCGCAAAGAACGUCGGCGUGAGCAACUUCACCGCGGACGAUCUCAAAGCCAUCGUGCCCACCGCCAAGAUCCUGCCCGCGGCCAACCAGAUCGAGCUGCACCCCUAUGUGUACAAAGCAGCGGAACCCAUCCUCGCGUACGCCCAGGAGAAGGGGAUCAAGAUUGAAUCGUACGGCGGUCUUACUCCCCUCGUGCGUGCACCCGGUGGGCCCGUCGAUGAGGUCCUCGCGCGCAUCAUCUCUCGCCUCGGGGGAAGCGUGACCUCCGCGCAAGUCCUGACGAAGUGGCUCUGGCAGAAGGGCGCGGUGGUCGUUACGACCUCGAGCAAGGAAGAUCGGCUUAAGGAGUAUCUGGCUUCGGCCGAUGUGUCCGAUCUCACUGCGGAAGAGAUCAAAGCGAUCGACGAGGCUGGAGCGAAGCUGCACAAGCGCGUUUUUAUGGCGCAUGUAUUCGGAGAAUAGGCGGUCGGACCAGCAAAUGAAGCGGUUGCACCUUGCGUAGUAUAAGUAAAUAUGGAAGAUACUGCCUACAGAUAGAUACAUAAACAAGAUUAACCAAAGAUCACAACAAAGGCU